GACGCUUUCGCCAAAUUUGUUUCAUCCUGCGCUGGCGCACGCGCAGAGAAACUGUGCUAAAACAACAACCGGUUUUCGGCGGCUGGAGUUCUGCCUGUAGCCCCCGACCUGUGUCAGCUCGAGCGAAUUCAGCGCUUGACAUUGACGCAUGUCUCACGGAAAGAAAUGAAAGUUCCCUGUGAGACGGGCCAAAUUGCUUAGCCCUUGGCAAUCUCAGAGAUCGCAGCAGGUAGCCUUGGCUCCAAUUUAGUUUCUUCCGUGUUCCGAGCAGACCUCGGCUUGCUUUCGCAACCCAGUCAACCAUUUUGCAUGGACAUCUCAGCUGACUGACAACAACGUCAGCGUGUGCACAAUUUUGAACUUGGGAAGUGGGUUCCGAAUGUACAUCAGGCUCCGACUCCAUAUGGCAGUGGCUUUGAUUUCAGCACUCGAUAUGGAUGCAAGCGCGAGCUGCACGAAACGAAGAAACACUACAGCUGAAGGCCUGAGCUUGAAGCAUCAGCAUCAGCAUCAGCAUCAUCCUGAAUAGCACCCAGUAUAAGCACCCUGCGAGAGAGGCACAUACCCGCUUGUAAUUGUUGGGCUGGCAUGUGCCAGGUGCUCUGCGUGUUCCAAUCUUUGGUGCCACCCACACGCGCAAAAGAGGGAUUGCGCGUAUCUUGGCAAAUGAGGCAGGCUGGGAUUGAAUGUCGUUGAGUUGGGGCACUGCGACAACAAUACCAGCAUAUCCCAAAGUGUGUAAAAUGUUUGCCUUUUGAAAGAAAACUGCUUUUUCAGUCUGGGAACAAGUAGUUCUGCCUCCAAGCCUGUUUGGGGAAAAAUGACUUUUUGCAGCCCAGACCUGUCCAGGUAUGCCAACAAGUUGGAUUGAGCAGGCUUUGCGAAUCGAGGAAGGGGGUUUCCUUGGAGCAGAGUUUCGCGGGGCCAAAUGGGGCCAAGGUGUGCUAGGAAAACACCCCAACUGAUGAGAGUUGAUGCCUGACUUCCUAAUUUGAGAGGCUAGCAGCCAGUUGACCAGAACGUACAUUGCAUUCAAACUCGGAAUGCAGAAAGCCGAUUCUCAAGACUUGAGCUCAGGCAUCAAGGCCAAGCUUUUUGCGCAACCUCGGUUGGUGCUUACACUGAUUGGUUGCAACUCAAAGCCGCGCACAACACGGGGCCCGCAGCGCUGACACUGCCCCAUGCCACCUUCGGCCUUUGCCAUCUCCAAAAGUCUCCACAUGCCGUGCCCGGACGUUGGGGCAGGGAGGCCAACUGUUUCAGAUCAAAGUUUGCGCCCAAGUUGACUGGCAAUUGUUGAACAUUCAAUAAUAAAAACGCGCAGCAGCUUGCACUGCCGCAUGUUGGUUUGCACGGCGGAGGUUUGCACGCCGCGCAACACACCGAACAGACCCUCACUUGCUUCCGCCUAAAACGCUCGUUCCACCACCUGCAACUCCUGAAUCAGGACAGGGUGUUGCAAGGGGCGCGCAAGAUGGGGCAGACAGGCUUCUUUGGCCUUUGGGGUGCCCGCGUUGGCAACUGCGGCAGAGAAUUUGCUGAAGGGUUUGCACUCCGGCCAUUGCAAGCUUGCGCGCAAAAUCGCGCAAGCAUACAACCGCACCAACCGUAUUUGCCACCUCGCCAAGUUCGCCCACUUUGUAUUUUCCUCAUUCCAAGCUACCUGACUAAUCAAUGGCAGUUCGUGGGGAGCAUGCGCAGGCCUUGCGCAAAGCCUGCGCAGAACACCUGCAUUGGCAUGGAUUGGCUAAGUGUUGUCAAGUCCACGGGCCACUUGGCUUUUUGGAUGCAGGUCCUGGGGCACACCUUUACAAUGCGCCAUGUGUGACUUUCUCCUUCCUGCGCCGUAUGAACAGCUUGAACUUGCGAUCAGGCAUCAAAGCCAAGCCUUGUGCGCAACCUCGGUUGGUACCCCAUCCUGAGGCUUGUAGAGUUCCCAUCAUAGUCACAUGCAAAGUCGUGCUUUGCAACAGAUGGGUUUUGCGGCAUGCUGUGGGCCCCGGCUGAAGGCCCGCUACCACGACACCGGUGACGGUGCUUCGCAGAUGCCGGCUGAAGCUUUACAAGAAGCGGGGGCAAAGCCAAACGGGGUAGCCUAGUUUGCCAACCAGUGACUUGUGUUAUUGACAUUGGUUGGAGCCACGAGCUGCCAAUGAACGGACAGGGCUGCCUGUGGUAGCCGAGCCAUGUUGACCGGAUGUUUAGAGAGAGGGUUUUGCUUUGCUGCAGGCCAACCCUUGAGCUUCUAUUGGUGUGGAGGUUUGUGGGGGCGAUCUUUCUGUGUCAAACAUUUCGGCUUCAGCGAUUCUCUCAUAUGCCCAUGCCCCUGAUGUGUGUCUCGCACGUUGCUUGCUUCGACUCCUGGAGCUGCUGCCCCACUCCUCCGCUUUGCCGAUUUUGCAUGCCGCCAAUGCCGGCGUACCCAAAUGUCAGGACUGAAACGGCGAGCCGCAAUUGUUCCAGAGUCCUGAAUGUUUGCAUCCAGACUGGCUGGCUGUCGUUGACUGAUGAGAUGCAGGUGGACUAGCAUGAGUCUUACUUAAUCCGCUUAGCCUUGCUGCUUGGUCUUUGGCUCAGCUAUGGCCCUCCUGCCACGCGCUAGCUGUAGGAUUUUCAGAUGCCCUGUUCCGUCUCAGAGGCGAGGCAGACCAGUGAGCCGGGCAGCGAACAACCGUGUUUGCUUUCAAGUCCGAGCCCCAGGCAACCGAUAGUAGCGUGCAGGUAUUGAUUAGAAACCCGCUGUGGUUUGCUGAGCUACCUCGUUGGCGUGAUGGCGCAGGGGCAAGGGCAAGAAAGCUAGCAUCGCACGCUGCCAUGAGCUUUGGAGAAUUUGGAGGGAAAACGGCGCAAGAGUUGCGCAGAAUUUAGAAGAACUCCCGAGCAGACUCAUCCUAUUAAGCGCCAACAAAAGCCACUCGAGCCUCGUUGAGGCUUCUAGGUUUUGCGGGACGUGGGGCGGGCCUGCCUCUUGCAGCGCAACACCGCCGCAGGUCCGCUUGCGCCUUCGCAAUCUCAAAAGGUCUCAGCACGCUGGCCUCCCUAGCUCGACUUGUUGUGGUUGGCAAGGUGGCGCCCGUCCAACGCAACCCUUGAGAUGGGAUGAUUGUGUCCACGUGGAUUGGCAGCUUUCCAACCCUACUAGCUGUGUCUUCUACGCAAUGCCACCAGUUGUACCUCGCGCCAGUCUCAGAUCUUGCAUUGCGUUUGAGGGCAGCGUCAUCAUCAAAGCUGGACAGGCUGCUCACUUCAAAAAAGCGCCGCUUGAGCAUUCACCUUUCUUGCGCCAUGUGCAGUAGGGCCACUGCGAGCUUUUGCAAGCUAGGUUUUGCUGAGAGUUCUAUAUGUGCUGUGGAUGCGCCGUGAGCUGGGCGUUCCAUGUUUCAUCCCUGAUCCGUGCAAGGAUGCGUCCGCCGCAUUUGCUGCAUCUCGUGCGCCACGUGGGAGCGCAUGCGUGGAGAAACUUCUUUGAAGCAAAGAAAGUUGCCGGCCGCUGCUUCACACUGAUGCACGCCUCCGCGGCCAGAAAGCGAAGGCACCUCGUUGCGUUGGGGUGGGUUGCUUAGUCCUUGAAAAUCUGAGACAUCUCUGAAGAUGUUGCUUUUCUGAAGGCGUGAGCUUGAAGCAUCAUCUUGAGUAGCAUCCAUCAGGCACUCAUGUCCUGCGCGAGCUAGCGUCCGGCGACUCGCUUGCGACAGCCGGUUUGCCGCUGCGCCUGGUUUCUUGGCUUGCCAAGACCUGAACGUCCAUGGGAAGGCGAGGUCGCAAGGUGAGCUUGGUUGGAAGCCCGGCGCAGCGCCUGGUGUCUCCAAUGUGGCGCCAAGUGCACACCGUUCGCAUUGCCACAAAUGUUGCCAACAUGUUGACUCGGUCGGCUGUGCAACUCGCGUCCAAGCCGCGGGAAUGCAGGCCCCCUGCAGGCGUGCAAGCGCAUUCGAUAGGGGCAGCCGCUGCAGCACCAACAAUGGCCCCGAGUCGGGCCUCGUUGGGCUCCUUGCCACAGCAGGGCGUGGAAUAGGCCUGCCUUUUGCGAGCAGGUCCCUGUCAGCGCGCGCCUUUACAAUCUCAACGAGUGUGGUGCUCCCAAACUGUGCGGUGGGACUAUGACACCCCAGCGACAGCGUUUUGGGCCCGAAUCUAGUCGUCUAAGCACCCCGACAUCCCCUUUGCUUGAGGUUUGGCACGAUUGUGGGCACACCAGUGGACGGUAGGAGGUCCACAGGUGCAGGGAGCUCGGCUCCCGCCCUGUUUGUGCUGGAGGCUGGAUUGCUUUGCCACCUGCUACCGUUAUACUUUGUCUGGCAGCAUGCUUUGCCUCUCUGGAGUUGCGAUGUUGACAGACACUCCUGGUUCGCAAGCUUUCGGCGGCCAUGGACGAUUACUACGAAGAGGGCUCGUACAAGGCAGUGACCGAUGGUAUUGCUCUGGGGCUUUGGCCUCAAGUUUUGCCCUGGAGUCUGUGUUUGUCUUUGACUCUGAGUGGCAUAGCUUGUGGGAUUCUGCCGGGACUGAUGCAAGCCUGGGCUCAGUCUUGCUAGCCUCAACCUUUACGCUGGGCAAGCCUUUGGCCUGCCACAAAAGUGGGGAAUCUCGCCAAGAAACCAGGUCCUCAACUUGACCUGGCGGCGUUUGGCCUUGGCAGCCUUGCCUACAACUCCUUAGCGGUUGAGAACGGUGGAAGGGAGGCUGGGGACGAAGGAAGGAUGCGCUAGUCUAAGUUGAAUUGGCAGCGGCAAAGUCAAAUUGACAGAGG